GCACCCGCAGCGCAGAAGCAUGGCGGUCCCCAGAAUGUCUGUGCGGCCCGUCACCCACCUGCUCUUCGACAUGGACGGCCUGCUGCUGGACACCGAGCAGCUGUACCUGAAGGUGUUUCAGGACAUCUGCAGCCGCUACGGCAAGCAGUACACCUGGCAGGUGAAGUCCCUGGUGAUGGGCAAGACGGCGCUGGAGGGGGCGCAGCUCACCGUCGACGCCCUGCAGCUGCCCCUGACGAGCCGCGAACUGGUGGCCGAGAGUCAGGACAAGCUCAAGGACCUGCUGCCCCUGGCCGGCCUCAUGCCCGGCGCCGAGCGGCUGGUCAGACACCUGCACAGCCACCAGCUGCCCCUGGCGGUGGCCACCAGCUCCCACUCGCUGAACUUCGAGAGGAAGACCCGCAGACACCAGGACUUCUUCGCCUUGUUCCACCACGUGGUGCGGGGGGACGACCCUGAGGUGCAGAACGGGAAGCCGCACCCCGACAUCUUCCUCACCUGCGCCAAGAGGUUCCUGCCCCCCGCCCCUGUGGACCGCUGUCUGGUCUUCGAAGACUCGCCCAACGGGGUGGAGGCUGCGCUGGCUGCGGGGAUGCAGGUGGUGAUGGUCCCGGACAAGAACCUGGACCCAGCUCUCACCACCAAGGCCACGGUGGUGCUGGACUCCCUGCAGGACUUCCAGCCUGAGCUGUUCGGCCUGCCGCCCUUCAGGGAGUGCGAGAGACAGAUGUGCUCGCUGCUCUGAUCCCAGGGACGGCCACUCCAUGUCCCGCCCUGGCCAUCACUGGGUGGGACCCGCAACCAGCCUUU